UUAUCAUUGUCAACAGUUUUGGUGCACACUUACUCUGAUCAGAGCCCUUUUCACGGCUGCCGUAAAAGAGAAAAUAUGUUCAAGCUCCCCUUCAAGCUGCCGCUCGACGCAUACAUUCUGGCAGUUCCGAUAACAUGUGCUCUCGGGGCCAUGGUCACCAUGACGGCGCGCGUGCCUGCUCGUGAUCCCGAGGCAACUCGCGAUCCCGCCUUUUAUGAGAACGAAGCACACGCUGCGGCCGUCGGCUCCAACUACGAGAACGGCAUUAAGGGGCUUUUUGAUCUGCGCAUCCGUCAGCGCAAGUUCAGCGUCUUCAACAACGAGGUGAUCAUCCCUAAAUAAAUAAACCCAACUAGCAAACAUCAAGACCAAGACAAUACCACCAAGGCGCAGGACCUGAUGUCACACUGGCUGGGGGCAAGCAAGGCCCUGCAAGGCUGGGGGCGCGCACUCCUGGGCGUGCUCCUGGGUCUGUCCGCGUCUGGCCUAACGCAGAGGUUGUGGUUUGACAUACGGUACAUAUGGUACAUUUAUGAGGGGCGAAGGUGCUGAUAACACAUGCCAGCACAGUGUGGAAAGGGCAGUGCAAGGCAGGGGUUGUGGGUUUACACGGUUUUACGGCGUUCCUGAUACAGGGGUGCACGGUAUUGCUAUGGCCAGAGCAGGCUGUCAAUAAGAGUUUUCAGCUGCGGCAAAGCAUCAGGAUGCGCAGAGAAGCUGUUGGGGGUGUCUCGCUACGCCAAAGCUUCACUCUCGCAUAGUCGGUCGGCUGGACGCGGUCCGCUGCGAGCGUGGAGAGGAAUGCUUGCUAGUGUGAAUGCAAAUGGACUGUAAUCAUGGCGAGGGAAAUCGUAUCGUACAUGUCAAUAGGGUAGCCAAGGACGGGCGGGGACGGACGGGGAUAGGGGUGCCCCUGACUGCGCCCUUGCUUCAGGCACAGCAUUUGCCGAAGUACAGCAUGUAGCGUGUUCAACAUCGGUGAUGCUGUUGCGCCAUUUUUGGCUGAGCCCCCCGAGCGAAGCGAUCCGGGGGGGGGGGCGAAGCCCCCCAGGAUUGCAGCGGCAGCGGCGGCGGCGGCAGCAGCGGGGGCGCGUGCGCGCAUCUUGGUAGCGGAGGGGGCGGGAAAGGCCACGUGGAGGAGAGCGCAGCGCCGCCCAAGAAGCGGCGCAAGCGCGCAGGCUGAGGAGCCGGCUGGUGUCUAGGUAGCAGUCCGCGGUGGGGCUGGCAGGGCAUGCGUAGCGGCAUGACAAGUAGUGCGGCUGUUGACAACUGUGCUGCGUCUGGCUACGGUUGGCUCUGCUGUGGCAUCGCGAAGGAUCGCGACUGCUAGAUAGGCACCUGGUUUGGCUACGUGCCUGUGGAAACCGACCCCGGCUAUGUCCGGGCGAUGAGGUUGUUCGGCCUCAGACUGUGGAGGGGCUCAGCCCCUUUUCCCGUGACCGGGGAA